AUGCUGAGGCUGUCUUCUUUUGUUUUCCUCUCCGCCUGUGUUUUGUAUGGAUUCGCACAGGAGAACGGCAUUGAUUUUGACAAUCCGGGAGUGAGUUCUAGAAAAAGUGUCGAUAAAAAUAAUUGCGUUAUUGUAGAACUGUGGAACAGAGGCGACGAACUGGAAGCCGUGUAUCGAGCGUAAAGUCGCAGAUCAAGUGUUCGGAAGUUGCUGCUCACGAUUUGUGCCGCCAGAGUGCCGUGGGCUCUGCAUCUAUGAGACCAAUCCGAUUGAAGCCAGAGUUGUGGUAAGUCAACUUUCAAAAAAGAAACCGAGAGUGUUAUAUCACGUAAAAUGGGCUGUCCUAUUAUUAAAUUUGUAGCAUUUGAAUAAAAUUUCUAACUACCACUGCUUGUAUGCUUUCGGCUAAAAAAAACAGUCUUAUUGAGCUGAAAAUGACAGCAAAGCACACUUUUGGGGGAAUGGGCGGUGUCAAGGUUGAACGAAAGGUUUCAAUGAGAAAUUGAGAAAGCACCGUUUGACUUAAUAAAGAAUCAACGUAAAAGCACAUGUUUAUUCAAAACCUUUACUAAUCUGAACCCAAAUUCCAGUUGAUGCACAGCAUCCAGCCAUCCCGAUGCCGUCUCUACAAGUAUCUCCCAGCAAUUGUCCACUGUGCCGCUCAAACCCAUGACAACACUGAAUGCUGCAAAGCCACCGGUGUUGAGGAGCUCGGAGAGCAAUGCAUUCAGAUGUGCACGCCGCAGGUAAACACAAAAUGUUUUGUCCAAAUUCGAAAUGAAUUUUCAGAGCAACCCACGACGAUUCUGGGGAGUCAAGUCUCUGCGCAAGGACAUGGUUAUCUGUCUCGCUCGUUGGGACCAGAUCAUGCAGUGUCAUCAAGCCGGACUCAGGGCGCGAAAAGUUCCACGUGUGACCGCAUAA